AAAGCCGCUUGGCAGUCUCAAGUCAAAGCCUGUUUUUAACAACGCAAGAGCUGCUUAUUCUCGAAGUACCAAAUCAUGGGCCUUAUUUUGCUGCCUCUCUUUACUUUCCUGUUUUUUAAAAGCGUCGAUGGCUACUGCAGUGGUGGUACUAAGACAGCAUCUACUUACUCAAACACAUUGUCGCACUUAUAUUACUCAAAUAACGAGGACUGCACUUUCUACAUAAAUCCUCAGCAUUCAACCGGAUACUACCUUGAAAUUAAAUGGGUUUCCUUCAGCGUUGAAGGAAGCUUGCCGUCAUGCUCGAACGAUUCAGUGGAAGUGUAUCUUACAAGCUCUUAUAACUCUAUCGGAAAGUUUUGCUCAUCUAACAUGCGGUCAAUCAAGCCAUUCACUAUGUAUUCAAAUGACGGAUAUGCAAAGAUCCGAUUCAAGUCUGAUGGCUCAAACACACGAACUGGAUUUUCAUUGACGUACCAGCUGAAAAGCAAGUCCUCCUACCCACUGGGUGGAUCAUUAAGCUCGACAUGCUACGACACAUCUGGUCGGGCAGGAGUGUUCUAUACCGCUGGCUGGCCAAUCAGAUAUUUUUCCGGAGGGUCAAAUCACUGUUACAUGAGGUAUUACGUCGGUAGAAACAGCUUGAAAGUUGUUGUCAUGGACUUGGACAUUUUUUCACCUUCCUACUGCUAUUCAUAUUCGCCAUACUUCCAAGUGAAAGGCUCAAACAGUCGUCAUUUCGGAAAAAACCCCAUCACAAUCUUAACGACGGCAGUGAGUACCAAACUGUGUGGAACUCAGUCUCCUCGAUCGUAUACCACUGAUUACAACUACGUGUAUUUGUUCUUUAAUAAACCAACCGCCACGACAGUUGGAAGAGGUUUUGUGGUUGGCUACGUCGAAUAUGGUGAGUGUAUCAUUGAAUUUCAAAUGCUUACUGCUAGUAAACAUAAACUAAUCGAAGUCACAGAGUUUGAAGUCAGUUAUUGCUAUUUCUACGGAUUAUAUCCCCUUCCCUUUUUCCUUCAUUGGUCCAAACCUAUUUACCAGGAGCCCUCGAAUUGCCCCCCUUGGGGCUUAUUAGGUUAGGCAAUUUUUGAUAACGACUCAUUCGAGGUGGGUCUUAUUCUAGGAGGGUUGCCUUAAUCAUCUACAGGUGG